AUGUCGGAGUCGAGUCCCCUUCUCCGCCAGGACUCGGAAGGACACCGCUCUCUCCAGAACCGUAUCGUCAACAUCUUCCACAGCCGAAGGGCCUCUCCAGGACCUAAUUCUGGCGAUGAUGGACGGGGAACUCCGGGCCUUGGAAUCACCGCCUCCGAUGAGCCAGGCGCAAGAACUCGCCUACUAGAGUCCUACCAUCAAUCGAACCCGAUAUGCGGUGAACGGCGCUGUAGCCAUGGAACCUUCUCUCCCCGACCAGAAGGUGCAGAGAGACAGGACUACUCGGCACCAUCUAGCGUUCACUUUGGAUACAGUGGCAAUGGGGAAACGGGAGCAGCACCUAGUCACUCUCACGGGGGAGACGACCAUCCAGGAUCUCGGCCCGAUUCCGAAGAUACGUCACAAAUGAAGUCGUCUUUUACGGCGCUGUCCAUGAAUGAAGAUAAGAAAUUGUAUAUAUCCUACUACAUUCCGUUCUUCAACUGGAUCAGUCAAUAUCGACGGUCAUUCCUUCGCGGCGACUUGAUUGCCGCAUUGACUAUCUCAUCCAUCUACAUCCCCAUGGCCUUGUCACUGGCCUCCAACCUCGCCCAUGCGCCUCCCGUUAAUGGUCUCUAUUCUUUCGUGAUUCAUCCGUUAGUUUACGCGAUCCUGGGAAGCUGCCCACUAUUAGUGAUUGGACCAGAAGCCGCCGGCUCAUUGCUGACGGGUGCCAUUGUCAAGGCCAGCAUGCCGAGCAGUAGUCCGAAAGAUGAUGACCUCAUGGAAAGUGCUAUCAUCAUUGGAAUCUCCACUGCCAUGGCGGGGACUAUGAUCCUGGUUGCGGGAAUCACUCGACUUGGAUUCUUGGAUAAUGUACUGAGCCGACCUUUCCUCCGAGGCUUCAUCACGGCCAUUGGUUUUGUCAUCUUCGUGGACCAGUUGAUCCCUGAAUUGGGACUAGCUGGGCUAGCAAAGGAGGCCGGUGCUAGCCAUGGCACCACUGUUGAAAAGCUGACAUUCAUCAUCCGCAAUGCUGGGAGUAGCCACGGACUCACGGCGGCAGUCUCGCUUGUCAGCUUCUCUAUCAUCAUGUUCUUCCGAACCCUGAAAAAGUGGAUGAUGCCUCGCUUCCCGCAAGUGAUAUAUUUCCCUGACCGAUUCAUUGUCGUCGUUCUGUCAGCUGUCCUAGCCUAUACCCUCAACUGGGAGGAUAAAGGUCUCGAACUCCUUGGACACACCGAGAUCAGCUCCAGCCAACUGUUUGCCUUCAACUGGCCAUUCCGAGUCAGCCACAUGAAGCAUAUCCGUACAGCAAUGAGCAAAGCCUUUAUCAUUACCCUCUUGGGGUUCUUUGAGUCCUCCGUCGCUGCCAAGGGACUAGGUGAUAGUAAGCCCGGUGGUAUUCAAGGCAUGCACAUGAGUGCAAACAGGGAAAUGGUAGCGCUGGGCGUUGCCAACUUGCUCGGUGGUUGCUUUAUGUCCCUCCCGGCGUUUGGUGGAUAUGGCCGAAGCAAGGUCAACGUUCAAACCGGUGCACGCACUCCGAUGAGUAGUAUCUUCCUGAGCCUGAUCACUCUGGUCUCUAUUCUGGUGCUGCUACCUUACCUCUCGUACCUUCCGAAAGCCGUCCUCUCCUCCAUGAUCUCCGUCGUAGCCUACACCCUCGUCGAAGAAUGCCCCCACGACAUAAUCUUCUUCUUCCGCCUCCGCGGCUGGACCGAACUGGUCCUCAUGCUCCUAAUUUUCACCUCAACAAUCUUCUACUCCCUCGAGCUUGGUAUGGCCCUGGGGAUCGGUCUCUCCGUCAUAAUUCUCAUCCGCCACGCCACCCAACCUCGUAUUCAAAUCCUCGGCAAAAUCCCCGGCACAAACACCCGCUUCGAGAAUGCCGAACUGCAACGCGAAAAUGUCGAACUAAUCGAGGGCGCUCUGAUCGUCAAGAUCCCCGAGCCUCUCACCUUUGCCAACACGGGCGAUUUGAAGAAUCGUCUUCGUCGGUUGGAGCUUUACGGGUCGAGCCGGACACAUCCGUCUCGUCCGCGUAUGCGUCCCGCGGAGUAUAAUAAGAAUAUUAUAUUCGACGUGCACGGCGUCACGAGUAUCGAUGGUUCCGGGACGCAGGUCCUCUAUGAGAUCGUACGUGCCUAUGCAGAGGACGGCGUGAGAGUCUUCUUCUGCCGCGUGCCCAACUCCAAUGUGUUCCGUAUGUUGGAGCGAAGUGGAAUCGUCGAGCAGUGUGGUGGAUUGACCCAUUUCGUGCCUCAAGUUGAUGAGGCGCUGCGGUUGGCUGAAACUGAGGAACAGACUGAAAUCUAG